GAAGCGCUCCGAAAAUCCGGCGCGAGCGUGAUUUGUCGCCGCUCGCGCGCGCCGCGCGAUCGCCCGAUCAUCGCCGGUGAUCGAUCAUUAGCGGCGUCGCGUUGCGUCAGUGUCAGUCUGUCAGUGCGCUUCGCGCCGCGUGAUCGUGCGUUUCGCACUCUGCCGUCGUCGUCGUCGUCGCGAGCGCACGUGCGAUGCCACCGGAGUGCGCGGGAUACGAAUACGCACUUACGAGCCUUUACUUCAGUCGCGCCCACGAGACGAUCGCGCCAAAGUGUCAAGGGAGUCUCGAGCGGGAGAUCAAGCGGAACGGGUCGAUCUUUUCGCGAAGCUAGAAGCUUUGCGCGACGUUACGUGACCGACGAGUUGAAAAACAACAAGUAAUAAUAUCCGUCUUUGCUAUAUGUGUAUCUGACAGCUUCGAGCGUUAUGUUUCGUCGACGAGUUCGACUUCGCGACUGCGAUAUUAACGCUUCGUGAUUUUGAGGCAGAUUCGAAUUUUAAACACAAAGACAAUAAACAAAAACAUAAAAUAAUAAUAUGUGAAAUGCUCGCGACUUGAGUGAAUCAUAGAUGAUUGAACCAUAAAAAAGGAGCCCUUCGACAUGAGCCCUUCGCCUACGGCCAAUCGGAGCUUCCUGCACGGGACUGGCAAGAAUGCCUUGAUCCCCGACAAAGUCGUUUACGCCACACUCGACAGCUUAGCUUUGAAGCGAACGAGAUUGCCUCUACAGUUGCUUCCCGUGGAGAGCGAUAAUGUUGCGGACAAGAUGGAAAAUUUAGACAAAGAAAAGCGGCUCGUUAAUGGAAAGGCUUUGCCCAAACAAUCAACUUAUGAGGUGAAAUCCGGGGCGAGUCAUCAAUGGAAAAGUUACUCCAAGUACGAGGCCUUCUCUUUGACGAAGUCGGAGAACCAGUCGACAUCUUGUACCACCAGAAUAUCAGAUUCCGGCACCAAAUGCAAUAUCGAGAAUAUUCCCAAAGAGGAAAUUCAGAUGCGAACAAAUGCGACGGAACCUGAGACGACCGUAGAAAGUUUACCCUCUAUAAAUCCAGUUGUAAAAAGAGAAUCUUGCAUUCAAGACUAUCGAAGCGACAGUAACGAUGAUUUAAAAUAUCCACGGAUAGAACGAAAGAAUUCUCACGUGUACGUCAGGAUCACUGAAAGUCAGGGCGAGAAAGAAGAAUGCGGUGUCGAAGAAAAAGAUUCCAAUUCAUCCAGCGAUUACGAAAAGAUGGAUAUAAUAGAUUCCAAAAUAUCUACAUUUGACGAGACAUCUAAAAUCGAUCCUGCAUUAUCAGAUAAGACAAUUCUCGAGUCCCUAACACAUAUUUACAAAAUCGAGAAAAAUAUCCCAAUCGCUUCUGAGAUAGUCGCAAAGUCGCAGUCUGUAAAUGAUCUGACGACCAGAGAGAUUACGUACGGAAAUCCUUUGGGAUAUUUGAAGCAGGACGCGGAAUCAACCACGAGUGACGAGGACGAUAACGCGUCGUCGCGACACAAAAAAAAGAAGAGACGUUUCACCAGAAACGUGCUGUACUAUGUACCACGGCAUUUGGUAAAGCAGCCGAAAAAAAAGAAGAAAUCGAAGAAAAAGUAUACUCUGAGCAGUUCGCUAAGUUCGUUGCAAAUGACGAAGACUCAAAGCACCUGCGCCGGGACCAGGAGGGAGGAACUGAAGGGCAUGAUCAUCUCGUCGCCCACGAACUUUGUCCAUGUGGCGUCCGCCACGAAUCCCAGCCUGGUUCGCGAUACCGUCGGGUCCAGCUUGGAACAGGUUGUGAUUACUCAUCAGCAGAUAUGCGCGGCUUUGCCUCUACUGAUGAGAAAGGAUGAGCGACGUAAGUCCGAGAACGAGAACACUGAACGGCUCAAGGUUGUCACAGGAAUGUCCGACGUGAUUUCCAAGCAAUCCGAAGAAAACCAAUCGGCUGUCGAAAGUGUCGCAGAUAAGAGCGAUCGAAUCAACUAUGCCGAGAUAAAGAGCGACUUUUCAAGGGACUUGCAGGCGGCGAAAGUUUUGGAGCCCAGCCAGGAGCUGGUGAAAACAACGAUUGAAAAUCAGGCCGAUUCGCCAGAAGGUGAAACGUAUGAACCUGUCUGCGAGUCUUCUCCUCAGGAGCCGCCGCAGGCCAACUGUAGCUUUCUGUGGAGCAAUCACUGCGCCAAGACUUUUCCGGAUAAGCGCGACGCAUCCGCUAUGCCGUGCCAUGCCUUGAAGGAAAACGAUGAAGGCGUCGACAGCGAAGGAUACGACGAUGUCGGACCAUCUAACUUCGUCGCUCAAGCGGUGUCCGAUUACGACGACGUGGGUCCCCCGAUGUCUCGCUUCGAGGUGGAAGAAAUUAGCGCCGCUGAUGCUAAAGAUUGCGACGAGAUUUACGACGAUGUGAUGCCGCCUAGCUUCAACCAGGACAGUUUAACAGUCAUCGACGAGAGCGAUUAUCUGAUUCCAGAGGUCGGUGAAGAAGGAGUACCGAGUAGGAAGCCACUCGUAGAAUUACGAGCGACGUGCAAGGAUCGCGCGGCAAAGGUGCCGCAAUGUUUUGCUCCGACAACCGGGAACGAUCGGUAUUUCACGUCGACGAACAAUGAAUAUUCCAGCGUAGACUGCGAGAGUCAUCUGAGCGAGGAGGAGCGGGACGAGCUGGGUGUGUAUGACGACGUCGGCCUGCCGCCAGGCGAGGAACGUGUCAAUAGCCUUUACGCCGGCUCCACACCCGGCUCUGUCUUAGGAUUGACCUCGUUGAACGGCAAAGAAUCCGAGUGGGAGGACCUGGAAGAAGUCUCGCGAUGUCCUUGUCAAACCAAUGAUCCAUGCGGAAAGAGUACCGAGGGCCAAAGUGUAUGGAGCAAGAAGAAACUCGCUCAGCGAUGGUCGCGGAAUGUCAGGAGACAGCGAUCCAGGAGAUCUCGCAGAAAUAUCAAAGCUACCGUGCCGACGAGGACGACUCUCGAGACCGCAGUUGACGACAGCGUUUCCGACGACAGCACGUACGAGAGCCUGUAUUCCUGCCAGCCGGAUGAUUUUAGCAGUGAUUCCGAAGCGGAAACGAGCGAUACGCGACAAUCGCAUCACGAUGUGUCCAACGAGUGCGUAAUCAACACUUAUCUGGAAUGUCCUACGAGACCGACUCCACCACCGCCAAGGGAGGCCAGUUUAACACAGACCUUGGGCAAGCGAAUAAAAAUGUUGCGCAGGACCUGGAGCAUCACGAAAGGCAGUCUUGGCAGGAUAAGACGGCGAACGUCCAUAGACGAAUCCGGCUUUGAUGACAAGGAAUCCGGCAACGAGCAUCACGAUACUGGAAAAUACUUCAACUUUCGUUUGAGGCAUUUCCGAAAGAGCAUCACUAGCCCGUCGACUUUCUAUCUAGACGAGAAUAAUAAAAAUGACAACGUUUACGAUGCUCGCAAUAACAACAAUGGAACUGUCAAGGAGGCUAUUUACACCAACAGUCAGUAUAUGGGAAGCGGCAGCGACCAUUCCUCAAAAACUCCAAGUGACAUCGAUCAUUAUAGUGUGCUCGCCGAUCAGGAACCUCUCUAUCAGUUUUACGCGGCUGCAGUGGCUCGUGUCGCUUUUGAAUCGGAUUCCGAGGGCUAUGAAGAAGUAGAAGAUACCAUGUGGAAGACAGAACCAGUCGCAGCGAAUCUUGCCAGAACAGGACAAAGAACGCUCUGGUGUCAUACUCCACAAGUAAUACACAGUGGCCUCUUGCAGAAACUAACAACGGAAGAAAAGAAGAUUCAAGAAGCAAAAUUCGAGAUCUUGACUUCCGAAGCAUCGUAUUUAAAUUCCCUUCGGGUCCUAGAAAACGAGUUCCUCAGUAAUCAUACAUUAAUGAACGAAAUCCUGACGCCGAUCGAGAGACAGAAGUUGUUUGGCGGGGUGUCGAGCGUGCUAUCGACAUCGCAAACGUUCUUAGCUGAACUGGAAGCUAUAUGGAGGGAAGAUCCGAUGCUGUCGGGUUUAUCGGAGGUCUUACUCAAACACGCUGAAAAAUGUCAGGCUGUAUAUGUGGCCUAUUGUUCGAAUCAAGUCAGCAUAGACACGACUCUAAAAGAACUCAAAGCUCGGAAAGGCGUAAAGUUCUUGGAGACUAUCAAACGUAUAGAAAUGCGACCACCGUGCCAGAAUCUAUCUCUACAUUCCUUUCUAAUGCUACCAAUGCAACGUGUUACGAGAUUACCCUUAUUAGCUGACGCUAUUGUUUCCAAAUUAUCGAUUGGAAAUUCGGAUAGAGCGUCUUGGGAAAAAGUUUUAUCAACCUUAAGCAACGUCGUUGCCGAAUGCAAUGAAGGUGCUCGAGCUGCCAUUCAGGAAGCCGAAAUGGAAGCUUUAGCAAGAAAACUGGAAUAUUCGUCGAAAAUUAAACCGAUUACGCUAAGGGGCAAGCAGUUAGUUAGAAGCGGAUCGGUCGUACAUUUGUCGAUGAAGACUGACACCGAAUACAAGCUCACGUUCGGGAAGAAGUUUAAUAAGACACCACUCUACCUUUUAUUACUCACUGAUUAUCUUCUAGUCACGAAAUUGAAGUCCAAUGCUCAUGAUGAAUGCUAUACCGUCAUAGACGCAUGUAAAAGGAAUCUUCUAGCUCUGGAGUCAGCUUCUGAAGAAUCGCCGUUCGCUGGACGAAAUACUAUGAUAUUAACUCUUCUGGAAAAUCACUCCGGCCGUCAUAUAGAAUAUGUCUUAACAUGCGAUAAUAAUACCGAACGAGAACGAUGGCUGGAAGCUGUCUCGCCGCCUAAACGUGGUUCAGUUGGCGAAACAUUAUAUGAGUCUUGGGAUUGUCCGCAAGUGAUGGCCAAGUAUCCAUAUUCACCAAAUCAACCAGAUGAGUUGUCAUUACAAGCAGGGGAUGUGAUAAAUGUAUUGAGGAAAAUGGCAGAUGGUUGGUACCAUGGUGAAAAAUUGUUGGAUGGUGAACAAGGAUGGUUUCCGGCGAACUAUACAAAGGAAGUGGCGUCAGAACACGUGCGUGCGCGGAAUCUGAAACAACGACACCGUCUGUUGGCACUCAGUAGCAGUGUGAUACAACAAAGAAGAGCGAGACAGAACCAAGGGAUUCAUUGAUGAAAUGAAAAUGAGAGCGCGAACCGCUCAGAGACAUUGUGAUAUUGUCUAUAAAGUAUUGACUGUUUAUAUUUAUGUAAUUACGCUAUGACAGUAUUUCAUAAUCAAUAACCAUGUGCCAAUGUAAUAUUAUUCGUCGCCAAAGUGUGAGAAAUAUUUUUUUUAAUCUUU